AUGCAAAAGGACCUUCCCGCUGAUUCCAAGGGCAGGGAUUGUUAUUUAUGGCAAACGGGUGGCGUCAGUAGGGAAUCUUUCUCUGUAUCUCAUACUUGGGAGGAUAUCAGAAAUGCAGCUCCGAGUGUGACAUGGUAUGAAGCGGUUUGGUUCAAAGGUCACACUCCAAAACACGCCUUUACCUUCUGGGUGACAAACAAGGGAAGGCUUCCUCUACGUCCCAGACUUCUCAAAUGGGGAAUUGGUAGCUCAGACCUCUGCUAUUUGUGUAACCGCUAUGAGGAAACCAGGGAACAUCUCUUCCUUCAUUGCGAGGUUAGCAUUCAGAUCACUAGGUUACUCCUCGCUCGAUUAGGGGAGCCUACAACAGUUUUUGCUGAUUGGAGCAGCUUCAUCACUUGGAUGCUCGGCCCUUCUCCUUUCAUGCCGAAGAUCAUCAAGCUCCUGGCAACUCAAUCGACGGUGUUUUACCUCUGGAAGGAAAGAAACGCGAGACUACAUGACAAUGUCUCAAGGUCCGCAAAUGUUAUAUUCAGGUUGGUAGAUAGAUCAGUUCGCGACGCGAUCCUAGCCAGAAACAAAACGAAGGCAUCAUUUUUACUGUCGUCCUGGUUCCUUCACAAGUCCUGA